CGGUUGUUCGGACGGUCCAUACCGUACAUACCGUACGUAACAUACUCAUACUCGAAUGGAACAAGAAGAACGAGAAAGAAGUUGUCAYCGUUUUCGGCGUUUUCAAAUUCUGGUUCAAUACAGUACCGUAUCCGGUGCCUCAUGCAGACACGGCGACGAUUGUUCAAAGAUACGGCGGAAGGCAACCCUUUCACCCGACCCUUCCUCUUUCCACAACACAACCCAGAGAAGGUUCCAAUUGCAUUCCUUUGGCAAACCACACGACCRMUCACCACUCACCACACGACCAUGAGACUCCAGAACCGGGCAAGGACCCUCGCGCUCGCAUCCGCGACGCUGCUGGCACCGGGCCCGCUCUCCCCGGCGGCCCUCGCCGGUGCCUUUUGCGCGCCGGGAUCCCAUGGUCCGGGGGCGGCGUCCACCGGCGGGACCCGGGUCACUGCCGGGUCUUCCGGCGCAUCUUCCAGCGCGCUCUUCCUGCAGGAGCCCCCGGCGCGAGAGGCCGCGCCUCUGGCGACGGAGGACGACGAKCCGCCGGGGGCGGGGGAGCUUCCGCCGGCGGUGGCCGACACGGUCCGGACCAUCGGCAGGUCCACCCGCCGGGCCGUGGUCUACGGGUCGGGGAUUCUCUUCAACCUCAUCGGCCUCUACUUUGGCUUUGGGCUCGUCCUCAACCUCACCGGUUACGCCUACUCGUUCAGCUUCAAGGACGGGUACAAGAUCGACACGAUCGAGAACCGGAGGACGCAGAUCCAGUUCGAGCGGGAAUCGAGGCGGUACGACAGCGAGAAGCUGCGGCAGCAGCAGCAACAACAACMAGAGCAAGCCACGGCGUCGCGGCUGGCCGUCGAGGCGGUGGGCCGGGCCGAGGCACCGGCGGAAUAGAAGAGACGAGAAGAGAAGGAUCGGGCCGGCGCCGGGGCAGCGUGCGGCGGACCAACGGCGGCGGCGAUGGUGCGAACAAGGCGUGGUUUGCGUCGCACGGCACACCCCUGCGCAAUGCAAUGCA